CUCUAAACUACACGGCGCACGCUGAUUGGCUGAGGUGCAGCGUCGCCACCAGCGGACCAAUCAGCGUGGGCCACGGUGUGAUCUUUUUCGAUCUACUUUCUGUGGGAGACGCAGCGUCAGUAGUCGGCGUGUUGCUAACAGAGGAGCCCGUUCAGAGAGCAGCUAAAACCAUGAGACCGCUUUUACUUGGAGUGCUGGGCUGCUCUUUGGUCCUGUCCGUCCAAGCCUUUUACUCCGCUAGUGAUGAUGUUGUUGAGCUCACCCCCUCCAACUUCAACAAGGAGGUGAUCCAGAGUGACAGUCUGUGGCUGGUUGAGUUUUACGCUCCCUGGUGUGGCCACUGUCAACAUCUCACUCCUGACUGGAAGAAGGCGGCCACUGCCCUCAAGGGUAUUGUCAAGGUUGGUGCCGUAGAUGCAGACCAGCACAAGUCACUGGGUGGCCAGUAUGGCGUCAGAGGUUUCCCCACCAUCAAGAUCUUUGGAGCUAAUAAGAACAAGCCAGAGGAUUACCAAGGUGGACGCACUAGCCAAGCCAUCGUGGAUGGAGCCAUGAACUCUCUGCGCACGCUGGUGAAAGAGAGGCUGAGCGGCAAGUCUGGCGGCUCUGGCUACAGCAAACAGCAGAGCAGCGGCGCUGGCAAUAAGGACGCUGUGGUCGAGCUCACUGAUGACAACUUUGACAAGAUGGUGCUGGAGGGUGAUGAGGUGUGGAUGGUGGAGUUCUUCGCCCCCUGGUGUGGGCAUUGCAAAAACCUGGAGCCUGAGUGGGCAGCUGCAGCUUCAGCUGUCAAGGAGCAGACCAAGGGCAAAGUUCGUCUCGGAGCUGUUGAUGCUACUGUUCACCAGACUGUGUCCAGCCGCUACGGGAUCCGUGGAUUUCCAACCAUCAAGAUAUUCCGCAAAGGUGAGGAGCCCGAAGACUACCAAGGAGGCCGGUCCCGUGGAGACAUCAUCGAGAGGGCUUUGGAUCUGUUCUCUGACCACGCUGCUACUCCUGAACUGCUGGAGAUUCUCAGUGAAGACCUCUUCAAAAAGACCUGUGAGGACAGUCAGCUGUGUGUGAUAGGCGUCCUGCCACACAUCCUGGACACAGGCGCAGCAGGUAGAAACGGCUACCUGGAGGUGAUGAAGAAGAUGUCUGAGAAGUACAAGAAGAAGAUGUGGGGCUGGCUGUGGACUGAGGCUGGAGCUCAGAUGGAGCUGGAGGCCUCCCUGGGUAUCGGUGGAUUUGGCUACCCUGCCAUGGCCGCCAUCAACACACGCAAGAUGAAAUUUGCUCUGCUCAGGGGUUCCUUCAGUGAGACUGGCAUUCAUGAGUUCCUCAGGGAGCUUUCUGUGGGCCGUGGCUCAACUGCUACAUUUGGAGGUGGCAACAUGCCCAAGAUUCACACUGUCGAACCGUGGGACGGCAAUGAUGGACAGCUUCCUGUGGAGGAGGACUACGACCUCAGUGAUGUAGACCUGGAUGAUGACUUGGAUAAAGAUGAGUUAUGAUCCCAAACGGGAUCUGAUCCAGACUGGCUUGGUCGGAUCUGGUCUGGUCCUGUGACUCGCCUCCCCUCUCCUGUGGACGAAUGGGAGGCCCGGUUGCCCAGUUACUGAAAUAUUCCAGAAAAGACGCAUAAGAGACACCUGCAGUUUCUCACAUCAUCUACGUCAGUCACACAGGACAGGAUGGGGGAGGGAGGGAGGCGUGUGUUGUGUCCCUGGAGUGAACUCUGCCUUACGUACCUGCUUAACGUUAGAAGCUGCAUAUUUAUACGGCCGCCGUCAGCUGAAAGGAGGGGGGAGGUUCUGAAUGUGGCAUCUUUAGUUGUUCAUUCACAUCAUUUUAAACAUUGAUCCCCUCUCCCGUCAACAUCUCAAGCACCUAUUUUAAAAUGUGGACUUGUCAAAGUAACACUUCAUCCAACUUAAUGUGACCCAAUAUUCUUUUUCUUUUUAACCAGUAAGUGAGAAUCUUGGGGAGUCUGUCCAGGGCGAGGGGGUACUGUGGGUCUUGUGUAGAUUUUUCUUACACGACUUUAUUUCAAUUGUGUGAAAACAAAUUUUUUUUUGUUACAAAAAUAAAAAGGAAUAAAAACAA